GUUGUCAAUGUGGAGCUUUGGGGCUUUGGCAACAUUCAAUUUACGCACAUUUGGCGAUAAGAUAAACCAACCACCAGCCACAAAUAAUAUCAACUGGCCAUGGGUCGGGAUGGCUCAUUGUGUUGGCUCUAUUCAAGAAAUUCGGUCGAUUUCUGUGCUAUUUCCAAUUUCAAUACUGCCAAGUGCCCCAGAGAGAUGGCUAAAAUCUGGGCCAUAACGCUCAUAUCGGCCAUAUCGCUACUCCUAGGAGUUGUGGCCUCCGGCGAAAGCCUGGGAAGUGAAACGGCUGGCAAGAUAGAGCCCAAGAUCGUGGGCGGUUAUGAUACGUCCAUAGAGCAGGUGCCCUACCAGGUGUCCAUACGGCUCACCGCCAACGAUAGGAAGAGCUAUGGAUCCGGUCACCUCUGCGGCGGAGUGGUCAUCUCCCAGCGUUUGGUGGCCACCGCCGCCCACUGCUGUUACAUCACCGAAAAGAAGAAGUACCGCACUGCUGGCGAAUUCGUCCUGGUCAUGGGCAGCACCCACCUGACCAGCUCCACCAAUCGCACAUUGAUGUACUACCUGCAGCAGCUGAUCACGCACGAGUAUUAUAAUCCGGAUGCGCUGACCAAUGACAUUGCGCUCAUGUUCAUCAAUGGCUAUAUACCCUGGAAUUGGCCAACGGUGAAGGCACUGGCAUUGAACAGCCAACUGGUGGCCACAAGCACCGAUUGCCUCAUCUCCGGAUGGGGUCUGCUCCAGCAGAGCGGCACGUAUAGUAGCAAUACGCUGCAGGCGGCCACGGUGCCCAUAGUGUCCUAUACCACCUGUCGCAUCUCGUACACCUCGAUUCCGGUGUCGCAGGUGUGCGCCGGCUAUUGGAGUGGCGGCGUGGACGCGUGCCAGGGUGACUCCGGCGGACCCAUGAGCUGCAACGGCAUGUUGGCCGGCAUCGUUUCGUACGGUGCUGGCUGCGCAGCACCUGGCUAUCCGGGUGUCUACACCAAUGUGUCGUACUAUCACGACUGGAUUGUGCAGAAGAACAACUCCCUCAACUAUACGAUCUAUCAUAAUGGCGGAGUGACACAGGGAUCUGGUUGGUCUUACCUGUGGCUUCUGCCGCUCAUUGUGGCCUUCCUCCUGGAACGCUGAAUCUAGUCGCUGAAAGUAGUCGUCCGCCAAAGAGUCAAAAAACUAGAUUUUAACCUUAAGUUAAUGCAGCAAAUAAUUUAUUAAAUUAAUUAAAGAAUUUUAUUUUUGACACCUGCUCAUUUUGUAUCGCUACAAAUACAUGCCAAACAUCCACGGGCUGUCAGUUUUUUUAAA